AUGGCUGACAGCGAUAGCCAUGUGCUAAAUGCCCCAGCAGAUGCAGAGGGCAUUUCAGCAACUGGCGUAUGGGACAGCAUGAGUGUUCGACAUGCCUUCAUUAGAAAGGUUUACCUUAUUUUAGCCGUCCAGCUGUUAAUCACUACUUCAAUCAUUGCGGUGUUCACGUUUGUUGAGCCCGUGCGUCUUUUUGUGGUCCAAAAUCCUGCCAUUUAUUGGGCAUCAUUCCCGGUGUAUCUUGUUACUUACCUUAUGCUGGUUUGCUGUGAGGGGCCGAGGAGACGUCAUCCAUGGAAUUUAAUACUCCUGUUCAUUUUUACCCUUACGUUAUCUUACAUGACAGGAACAAUAUCAAGUUAUUUUGACACCAAAGCAGUGUUCCUAGCCCUGGGGAUCACAGCAAUAGUGUGUAUAAUCGUCACAAUCUUCUGUUUUCAAACCAAGGUUGACUUCACCUCCUGUACAGGUCUGCUCUGUGCUCUUUGUGUGGUUCUUCUGGUGAUUGGCAUUAUCACAUCCAUUGUACUCUCAUUUCAAUAUGUGCCGUGGCUGCAUAUGCUGUAUGGUGCUUGUGGAGCAAUAGUCUUUACCUUGUUUUUGGCUUACCACACUCAGUUGCUCAUUGGAAACCGAGCGAACACCAUCAGCCCUGAGGAAUAUGUCUUCGGAGCUCUUUCCCUCUAUGUUGAUAUCGUCCAGAUCUUUAUCUUCCUCCUGCACAUCACAGGAAGCUCUUCAGAGUAAACACCAAUCUUUCUUUGAGCUUAUCUUGACUUUUUCAAUCACAUGCAUCUCAAAUAUUACCUUCAACACUACUGUUAUAAAAAUUAUUUUGUUGUGUUAUUUUCUAUGUUGUUCUACAUUGGUUGCUCGCACUUUUACCAAAUUGAUUGUCACUUUAUUUACAAUAAGCACUUUAGUUUUGUAACGUUCCACCUGUUUAUUUGCAUUUUGAAGAGUCUACUGUAAAAGCAUGAGUGUGUACUAAAACAGCUACACUGUGAUUUGAUGAUAUCAAUAUUUAGCCUAUAACCUAAAGGGAAAUAAAAUGAAGAGAAACAGUUAACAAAUUCAUGAUGAUUAUUGGCCAUAAUACAGGAAAUGUGUCUGUUUGAAGGGUGGCACACUAGGUUAAGGUUACAUCACUGUAAUUAAGACUGUGGACCAUAUUAAGGGG